AUGACGGGGGCGUCGUCCACUAACCCGACCCCUAGCGGACGCUUUGUGUUACCUGAUGUGGCCCUGCGUAAAGUGAUAAAGAAGCCGAUUUUUGAGAACUUUGACGAGUCAGCGUACCAUGUUAAACCGCCGACGCAGAUGCUGCGCUUUAUUGACGGCUUACGGUACCAUAAGCCCACGGCUGAAGAGAGCGCAAAGCUGAAUCUGAGCAGCGCAACCGAACGGAUCUAUCUGCACGUGCUGAACGACAUUUUAAUCAUGUGUGGCGCACGAAAAGGCGCGCGGUUCAGCUCGCAAGAUGUCAAUCGUCUUCGGGUGAUUGCAGAAGGACUGAAAACGAGGUACGAUGCCGUGGACAGCACGUUUCGCACGCUUCCGAUUGAGGCAGUGAAGUAUCGAUUUCGCGAGGUCGAGAAACUCGAAGACGAUCCGUCGCACUUUGAGUUUCUCUCGAAUCGACGGCGACAAAGUCUGGUCCAGAUGCAUACGCUCAAGCCUGAGGAUCAAGUGAAGCGGCAGGUUUUCCACUUUCAGUGGCUGGCACGGCAAUAUGUCGUCGCAUUUGCUCAGUUGAAGAUCGCAAUGCUCGAAAUCAUUGAUCGCGUGCAGAAGGAUGUGGCUGCUUUGGGGGCGGUCUCCGUACCGACGCUUGCUGAUAUCAACGAUGCAGUAGAAGCAGAGUUUGAAGCAAAGACACACCGGCCGUUUCCGACAUUCCUGUUCAUUUUGAUUCAGAAACAUAAUCGCGAGCGGCACGAUCAAGAGACGACGUGGCCCAUUGAUUCUGACGAAGCGCCGAUUGACUCCAUCGCACAAUUUUCUCUGUACCUGUCCAGCAUCUUGCUCCAGCCAGCGCCAAUGACGGUUGCAGAGCUGCACAGUGCCCAAGUGAUCUUGCAAAUUAUCAAGGCAAAAUUCCAGGUGGACUACCACGCCAUGACUAUUUCAGUGACCCAGAUAGACCAAGCAGACGGCCAUGUGAUUGUGAACACCUCGUCUUGUUCAGGUUUUGUUAACGAGACAAAGGCUUCCGAUCGCCUCGUUCGACGUUGCAGCAACGUACGUGUACUCACGCACAAGACGUUGAGCUCUCUGCUCUUUUCCUUUUUGACAACAGUCCGAGAGCUGCGACUGGUCCCGCGCGAGAAAGCGCUUCUGAAGUGCGGAAAGAAGGUAGAGCAGACAACAGCCGUGGUGCAUCAAAUGGGAUGA